CUCCCGCGCGGCAGCGAGGCAUGUCCCUGUCGUGGCAUAUGGAAACGUCGCGGGGAGAGCACAGGGCUGCCCUCCAGCCCUGCCGCCAGAAGUGGAGGGCCCUGUUGCCAUGGUGAGGGAGGAAGCAUCCCUCUCCCUUCUCCACCUCCGAGACCACUGGCAGGGGAGUUUCGUGGAAAAGAGGCGACCCUUCAGUGCUCGUGCACAAACAGAACUUGGAAAACAAUAUGUGGUUGAGCUGGAAUUUGCAACUGGACCUCAGCUCCUUUACAUCAAACUAAAUACCUUACCCCAGCACCAGGAAUUCAUAAGAUGGUAUCCUAAGGAAUCAGAGUCACACAGAGUUUAACACAGUGGAUGCUUGAUCCAUACAUUAAUGGAAGACUUCCAGUCCAGCAGAGAGAUCAUUGAGUGGCUACAAGAUUAUGCUGAUUCCUUCUUCGCUCAUGAUGUAUGCACCCGUGAACAUACAGCUUUUCCUAAGACGCCUUCUUGAGCCAGAAGAAUGUGCUUCUACUGGACUGCAUGCUAUAAGGUGAGCAUUGUGCCCAGUAAUCCUGCUCAGACCCACUAGCCAUGCCAGGGAUUGUGGUGUUCCGUCGCCGCUGGUCUGUAGGCAGUGAUGACCUUGUUUUGCCAGCCAUCUUUCUCUUUCUCCUUCAUACCACUUGGUUCAUAAUUCUUUCUGUGGUGCUUUUCGGACUGGCAUACAAUCCCAAUGAGACGUGCUCUCUUAAUUUGGUGGACCAUGGCAGAGGCUAUCUGGGUAUUUUGCUCAGCUGCAUGAUCGCAGAAGUCGCAAUCAUCUGGCUCAGCAUGCGUGGCAGCAUCCUGUACACAGAACCUCGGGAUUCGAUGCAGUAUGUGCUGUAUGUCAGACUGGCCAUCCUGGUGAUUGAGUUUGUCUAUGCUAUUGUGGGCAUUGUUUGGCUUACCCAGUACUACAGUUCCUGCAAUGACGUGACUGCUAAGAGUGUCACUUUGGGAAUGGUUGUCUGCAACUGGGUUGUCAUUCUGAGCGUUUGCAUCACUGUCCUAUGUGUCUUUGACCCAACCGGACGCACUUUUGUGAAAUUACGAGCCACAAAGAGAAGGCAGCGCAACCUAAGGACAUAUAACUUGAGGCACCGUUUAGAGGAGGGACAGGCUAGCAGCUGGACUCGACGGCUGAAGGUUUUCCUUUGCUGCACUCGGACAAAAGAUUCCCAGUCAGAACAAGUAAGGGAAGAGGAGGUUCCUUAUGGGACAGGCUCAGAAUCUGAUGCAUAUUCUGAGAUUGCAUAUCUCUUUGCUGAGUUUUUCCGAGACCUUGACAUAGUUCCAUCUGAUAUUAUAGCAGGCUUGGUACUUCUACGUCAACGGCAGAGAGCAAAACGCAGUGCAGUGCUGGAUGAAGCAAAUAAUGAUAUUCUAGCCUUCUUGUCAGGAAUGCCAGUUACCAGGAACACCAAAUAUCUGGAUCUGAAAAACUCACAAGAGAUGCUGCGCUAUAAGGAGGUCUGUUACUAUAUGCUUUUUGCAUUGGCUGCUUAUGGCUGGCCCAUGUACCUGAUGAGGAAACCUACCUGUGGGCUCUGUCGCCUGGCCAGAUCCUGCUCAUGCUGCUGCCUCUACCCCUCUCGACCCCGGUAUGCACCUGGUGUCACUAUCGAGGAAGAUAAUUGCUGUGGCUGCAAUGCUAUUGCCAUCCGUCGCCAUUUCCUUGAUGAAAACAUGACUUCGGUGGACAUUGUGUACACUUCCUGUCAUGAUGCGGUCUAUGAAACUCCUUUCUAUGUGGCUGUGGAUCAUGAGAAGAAGAAAGUGGUCAUCAGUAUCCGAGGAACUUUGUCUCCAAAGGAUGCUCUGACAGAUCUAACUGGAGAUGCUGAGCGCCUCCCAGUGGAAGGUCACCAUGGAACUUGGCUUGGGCACAAGGGGAUGGUGUUGUCUGCUGAAUACAUCAAAAAGAAACUGGAGCAGGAAAUGGUGCUCUCUCAGGCAUUUGGUCGUGAUUUGGGCAGAGGAACAAAACACUAUGGCCUCAUUGUGGUAGGUCAUUCCCUGGGAGCAGGCACAGCUGCCAUUUUAUCCUUUUUGCUGCGACCACAGUAUCCAUCUUUAAAAUGCUAUGCCUAUUCUCCCCCUGGUGGGCUUUUAAGUGAAGAUGCCAUGGAGUACUCCAAAGAGUUUGUGACUGCAGUUGUACUGGGCAAGGAUCUAGUACCUAGGAUUGGCCUCUCACAACUGGAGGGAUUUCGCCGGCAGCUUCUUGAUGUUCUCCAGAGAAGUAACAAACCAAAGUGGAGAAUCAUUGUGGGUGCAACCAAAUGCAUACCCAAGUCUGAGCUCCCUGAAGAGCCUGAAGUGAAUUCAGUGACUAGUCAUCGUCUCUGGACCCACCCCAGUGAUUUAACCAUUGCCCUGUCAGCCAGCACACCGCUGUAUCCUCCUGGGCGCAUCAUCCAUGUGAUUCACAAUCAUCCUGCAGAGCAGUGCUGCUGCUGUGAUCAGGAGGAACCCACCUAUUUUGCCAUUUGGGGUGACAAUAAAGCUUUUAAUGAAGUGAUCAUUUCCCCAGCAAUGCUACAUGAACACUUACCAUAUGUGGUCAUGGAAGGUCUUAACAAGGUCCUGGAGAAUUACAAUAAGGGCAAAACAGCCUUACUUUCUGCAGCCAAAGUGAUGGUGAGUCCUACAGAAGUGGAUCUCAACCCGGAGUUAAUCUUCCAGAAUCAACCUCUGCCUAGACUCUCUGUGCAGAUUGGAAUUGGAGACAUAGCAGUGGACAGAAGGAACAGCAGCACUAAGAGUAAGGCUCAUUCUGAAAUCAGUCUGGAAGGGUUUUAUGACCCCAAGCUUCUAUCUCCAGUGCAGAAGGAUCCUGUGGAACUCCUGCUUCUAGACACCAAGGAGCGCCUGUCUGUAGAACUGCAGGGCCUGCGUGCUCCUCUUGCCACCAUGGAGAGCCUAUCUGAUAAUGAAUCCAUCUACAGUUUCGAUUCAAGGCGCUCCUCUGGUUUCCGUAGCAUCCGUGGCUCACCCAGUCUCCAUGCAGUCAUGGAAAAAGAUGAGACUCACUGUUUUUAUAUCGAUCCAGCAAUCCCUGAGGAGAACCCCUCCCUCAGCUCACGGACAGAACUGCUUGCUGCUGACAGCCUCUCCAAACAUUCCCAGGAGACUCAGCCUCCUGAGGUCCUGCACAACAGUGGUGGCACCUCUCCUCAGCGGCAACACAGUGAUGAAGGAGCUGGCAGUGACAUAGAUCGUGUUUCCUUUACUGCUCGAGAGGAACUAACCCUUCAGAAUGGACGGCUCAGUGAUGCCCCCAGUCCACAAGUGCUGGAGUUUGCUGAGUUUAUAGACAGCCUCUUCAAUCUGGACAGCAAAAGCAGCUCCUUCCAGGACAUCUAUUGCAUGAUGGUAUCAGACAGCACUAGUGAUUUUGCUGAGAUACCCAAAUCUGUCAGUGAUCAGGAGAUCCUGCUUAGAGCACAGUAUGAGCCCAACCUAGUCCCAAAGCCUCCCAGGUUAUUUGCUGGCUCAACAGAUCCCUCCUCAGGCAUAUCGGUUUCCCCGUCUUUCCCUCUGAGUUCUUCAGGAGAGCUUAUGGACAUCACUCCUACAGGCAUGAGUAGCCAGGAAUGCCUCGCUACUGACAAAAUCCGGACUUCCACUCCCACUGGCAAGGUGGCCAGCCCUGCCAAACAAGAGGACCUUGUGAUCUCAGCCCUCUAGUACAGGAGAGAAGGGGUUGUGACUCAAAUGGCUUGUCCCAUACACUGAAUCAUGGAGAUAACACUUGAAGGUGCUGGUCAGGAUGAGAGUAAGAACAGAUUCACGGGGAAGGGUGGCAUUGCUUCCUAGGUGCUACAUUAAUGGCACUCGAAUGGAUGUUAGCAUGAAAGAUGCCACACCUUGGGUUGUGUUUUUUAGUUGGAGAGAAGAUCGCUGCUUAACACAGCCUGCUGUAGUUAGAGGCCUUGUUCACUGAAGUUGAAUGGUCGGUUUCCCUACCUCAGCAUAUCCGAUUAAUCAAAGAGGCAGAGUUCCUGCCUUUCCUGCUGAAAUUAGGAAGUUACUGUCUGCAGGCUAGAGAACCAGAGUUACUGAAGCUGAGUGAUCAGAUAACAUCCCUGCAAUCAUGUCAGAAUCAAGGGAAUUGUGACUUUGAGCCCUAUUGCACUAGCACGUCAUGUUUAAUGCAAGCACCUGUUCAUAACUGUCAUUGUUGUGACGUAGUUUUUUAUCGAUACGAUUUCCAGUUAUAAAGCCAUUAAUGCUGUGUUCUGGAGGAAUGCAGCCCCUCCCCCCCACAACUGGGUGCAGUGAGAAUUGGGAUGGGGUGGUAGGUCUUGCUCCCGAUUCGCUCUGUGUUCAGUGUUAACCAGACUUCUUCUGAGAAGAAAGAAAGUGCAUGUACUGGAGAUCUGAAGUUCAUUGCCACGUUUCUUCACCCACCGGAGGGGUGAGAGGUCUCUUGGGUUUCACCAUCACCACUUCACAAUUCCCCAACCACUAUGAACUCGUGACGUUACUGCCCUGGCUGAUGGGGUUUUCAUCUCUAUUUGCAUGGAUUGAUUGAUUUGAACUAGUUUUUGUUAUUCAGUAGGCUUGCCAGUAACUUGCAUCAUUCUUCAUGUCCCCGUGGUGCCUGGAGCCACUUUGUCCUUGUUACCAAUCUUUUAUUCACUCGCAGCGUCCUGGCAGACCAAAGGAAGUCUGACCCUGAGUUCAGGAAAUAGAGGAACUUUUUACUACGUGUUGAAUCCUCAUGUAUGUUUACAAAGCUACUAAAUAUUUUGGGAGGUAUCUAUUAAGCAAAUUGGGAGAACUGUUCCUUCCCGUGCCUCCCUCCACACGGUACCAGAAGCAACCACGGAGUGGGCACAUGUUAUUCCAAGUCCUUAUUGGAAAGGGAGGACAGAGCCAAGGGAUUCACACUUUGUGUGCACAUCCCUUCAUCAGCCUCCCCCCACAUCAGGCGCAGAACCCUUUUCAUCCAGCUACAUUACAACAGCUCAUGAAAUUACAUCUCAGUUCUUACUCCUUUAGCUUGAUACUGUUGACUGAGAUAUUCGGUUAUCACAAUAGCUUUGUGUAAAAUUGCAGGGAUUUCCAAAUGAUGAAAGUAGGAGGGAAAUCAUUUUUACAUUUGAAGAUAAGCAUACUGUGACCUUCUCAAGUCAUUAUUCUAAAAAUAUGAGAAUGUAGGAUCAGUGUGGUACAAAAACUUUACUGCAGGCCUAUACAAUGUGCAGCCUCGGGACUGACAGAGCAUACUAGCCAUUCAUGUUUUGACAAAUCCCCCCCUUUUUUUUCAGGAGGGGGCUAUGAAGCCUCAGUUGAACUCUGGUACAUGACUGGUGUUUUGUGUGUGGCGAGGGCCUCCACAUAAUGAAGGCCUGCACAAGGGUGGGAGAAUUUCCAUUCUUCUCAGUGACUUAGCUUUAUUACCCCAGGAUGCUCUGCAGAAUCUAUUUGUUGUUGCCUUAUACUAUUAAGGGUAUGUGCACCUUACUUGGGAACAAGUCUGUUUGGGGCUUUCUUCUGAGUGAACAUACAUGCAAUCAAGCUGCAGAGAUGUGGGCACAAAACAGUAUACUUAGUUGCAGUCAUGUAAAUUAUUCUGCAAGAUGUGGGGAUUAGUGAAUUGGCACCUAUACAUUUAAAAUGCUGGUGUUUAACGCGAACAUCAUAAGGGUAAAUUCCUUCUUUCUACCUGGAAAUUAUCAUGCACUGAAAAGUCAGAAGUUUUCAUUUAUAAAAUAAUACCAUUAAUUUAAAAGAGAUAUAUUUUUUAUUGUUUGGAAUUUGAUAUGUCUUAAAAGAUCCUAAAUAAGCCCUUUAUCAAAAUGGAAGAAUGAUUUCCAGCUUUUAAACUUCUUGUAAAAAUGUAUCUGUAUUUUGAUGAAAAAGUAGGGCUUUUUAAAUAUAUAGUCACAACAUGAAUAUUUGUUUUCGGUUCCCUUCGGUACCUUGAGGCAGCUGUUAACCAGAGCUAAAGCCGACUAAUUCUGCUCUUUUAAUGAAAACAGUGGAGAAAGUUAUCAUUUCAAGGCAAAUGCAGAAAAAUUUUCUUUGGGGGAAAGCAUGUACAAACUGUGAGGUUAAUAUAAAAACUGGGAAAAAUAGGAAGGGGUUUUUGCAUGAGCUACAAUUACUUGUAAGAACAGUGGUUCUCAACCUUCCUAAUUCUGCGACCCUUUAAUACAGUUCCUCAUGUUGUGGUGACCCCCAACCCUAACAUUUAUCCAUUUUACAGAUGGAGAACACUGAUGCAGAGAGUCUUAGGCAAUCCCUGUGAAAGGGUCGUUCGACUCCCAAAGGGGUCCUGACCCAUAGGUUAGAACCACUGUAGAAGGUUAGACUCACCAAUCUGGGUAGGGUGCAUAACCCAUCAUGCAGUCUGUAAUCUCUGAAGGACUGCCUUGAGAGCUGAACUGGGACCCAGUGCUAACACUUAGCAUUUACAGAGUGCUUUAAACCUUCAAAGCACUUUACCAAUGAAUGAGUCUUCCCAGCUCUUGUGGGAAUGUGUGUAUGAGCGGGAAAGGACAUGUAUGUCUGUGCAUGCGAUGCAAUGUAGCUACUAUGUUAUAAAUCAGAGGACCAAUCUAGCUAUAGCGUCCUCAUGAUUGCCACAAAGAUGCCACUGCCAUUUUAAAGUUAUUUAAAAAUACUACUAGGCUGAAGCAAAAUAGUUCUUCCUCACCCCUGCACCUUUUCAAGUGCCAAAACAGCUGCAAGAGGUAGGGGGAUGCAGCCAUUUCAGCACUUUCUAGGGUGUGAGGGAGAGAGCACUACUCCCCCCACCAUGCGGCCCUUGUGACUUUUUAAACGGCGAUGUCCUUAUGGUAUCCACAAGGACCCCACCACAUCUAGUUUGGCCGAGAGGCAGUGUUGUCUCAGAGAACCUGCUGAGGCUAUGCAAAGCUAGUUCCUUGAGAGGUUACUUUGGCUCAGAGCACCAGAUUCAGAGAUCCCAGGCAAUUGGUGUGUCUUUGCUUAGAGGCAGCUUGCAUUUAUACUGGUGAUCAGACUGUGAAUGAUGGAUCAAGCUAUUGCACUAUAAUUAUGUGCCUGACCUGAGCAACAUUUCAGUGUCAUUUCAUACAAUUUUCUUUGUUACUUUCUUCCUUAAAAUUCUUAAAUUGCACCCUAUGAAUGUAUGUCAAAGUCGUCCUUGCCAGAGGCAGCAGAAUCAGGCUGUCUGAAUUGUGUUUCCCCCAGACUAUUUCUAAGUUACGUGACUCUCCAGGAAGGGAAAAAUACACAGAUUCUGGCAACCCAUAUACUUGCACUAACAAAAAAACUAGAGUGAAAUGGUAGAGAUGUCAUGGAAUGGUUAUUUGCUCAAUCAUAGGAGCCUACAUUUCCCUAUUCACAAUUGUCUUGAAAAAUUUGCUCCCCAAUCACUGAAGUCCACCAACACUUUUAAAACUUCCCUCUUAUAUAUCCAUUUUAGUGUCUUAGUGUAGGUAGGGAAUAACAUAUUACUGAUAUACACAAGCAUGGCCAGUUGAGUUUCAUGUCUAAACACUUUGCUACCUCUCUCACUCAUGCUAUGAAGUUAUCUUGACUCUGUAUUCUUGCUGAGCUUCAACAAGCGGAUUUGUUUGCUGCCUAGCUUUUACUUCACUGCUUCGCUUCUGUGUUUUACCCUCAAGGUGCUGUGUGCCUCUCCAUGUUCACUCUGUGCCUUUGAUUUUGGGACUGUCCAUUAAAAUCUGUCUGGAGCUUUAUUGUGUGGUUGAGAUAGUCCUAGGAGUGCAUCUGAAACAACGAGUAGUUAGACAUUUCAUAGUUCUAGUAAAUCCAUUGCCACCCCUGUACUCAUCCAGCAUCACUAGAAUAGUAAACACUAAUAAGUUGAAUGGCACCAGUUUAGGGCCGGUUUGGAGCCAUUUAAUUGGCUGAAUCGUGUGCACUUUUGAAAAUCAAAAUGUAUAAUCCCAAGUCCCAUGUGAAUACUGAUGCAACUGUGCCAAAGAUGUCCCUACAAAAACACUUUAUGAUUUAGUGUGCAAUUCUAUGCAGAUGUACUCCAUGCAAAGCCAGGUUACUUCAGUGGAUUUAAAAGGAUGCCCCUCUGCUUAGAAUGGCACAUUUUAUGUCUUAGCACCUCUGUGGCACAUAUUUAUUUAACAAUAAAUGUUCCAGUGACGAUAAUACAUUGUAAUCCAGGAACUUGCACAGAAAACACAUCAGAUGUGUUUUAGCCAUUCUUUUCACAGCUCAAACAACUACUCAUUUUCAGUGUGCUAUCAGGGUAGCACACAAAGGACAUUGCCAUUAUUUUCUGAAAGAGUAGUUUCAGAAUUUCCCAAAUACACAUAAAAUAUUAAGUCAGUCCUGUGUACUUUGGAUUCAGGUUUAAUAACUGCUGAAAUGGUGGGGGGUUAAAGUUAGAACUCAAUAUAAUGCUUUGUAAAUGGCUUUAAAUAUUCACUGGCCCUUUUCAUAUUUUUCUCUCAUCUUCAACUACUUGCAGUUUAGUCUCUGCCAAAGUAGUCAGUCGUCCCUCAUGAAAUGGCUGCAUUCCAGUCAAUUAUCUUGCUUUUCUCCACUUCGUUCUGAUCAUAACCUACUCCAGCCUGUACAUUUCAGUAUUUUUUUCUCCAUUUAAAACUAAUGACUUUGCAGAUAUUCUGGCUCUGGUUUUGCCCAUUUGCAAAAACCAGUCUAAAGCUCUCCAAAUUUAAGCUUCUCCAGUCAACGUUAUGUCAUGUAGCAAUCAUCCUUUCAACAAAUGUCUUGUUUUAAAAUUCUAAUAUUUAACCUGUGUUCUUCAUUUCUGUAAUAACUUAGAAAAUUAUCCUUGGGUAGCUGGGAUCAUUUUAACUACUCUGCAGAUAACAGUUCCAGUAAGUUCUCUACUAUAUACGUUUAAUGAACAUUCAUACAGAGUGGCAUCUUUAAAUACUUGCAUACAUAUCACAGCAGUAGGCCCCAUUUUGUUUGGUAUUACAACUCUAUAAAUGAAUGCUAUUAGCUUUACAGCAUUGCCUAAAUUUUCCACCAAGAUUGCAAAAUUAAAUUCCUACAUUUGUGCACUAUGUAAAAAAAAUUAGUGCAUUUAAAGCAGUUGAUAAAUAUGAACACUUAACUUUAUGAACUAUUAACUUUAUUAAAUAUUGGUUUAAAUAUUGGUUUAUAUUUUAAAGUACAGUGAUUUCCUAUGGAUUUUUUUUAUAAUCUAUGUUCAUCUGCAUUAUCAACCUAAAAUUCUUGGCUGUGAUAAUAUCUUAGAUAAAAAUGUAUUUAAAAAAAUGCUUACAUAAAGUGGGAAAUGUUUUAUAAGAACAUUUUAAAUCUGCUUUCUCUGUGCAGUUUUCUGAUGUGAGGAACACUUUUGAAAAAGAACUGAAAAUAUUGUGGGCCUCUUUCCAUCACAGUCUGAAUUCCUUAAAUGGGAAUUUUGAAGAUAUGCGUAGAUCUGUGCUCAAUAUGUUGGAUCAGGGUGCACCAUUUUCUUAAGGUCAUUUCACACCAGACUUGGAUCUGCUGGGCAAUUGCUAUAGAUGGAAUGCAUGUGUGAUUUUCCCUUGCAUUGCAGUUCUUAGACAUCUCCCCUUGUUGUUCUUGGGUGGGGGGGUCUAUCCUCCAAGAAUAGCAUUAGGGAGAUAUUUUGUGCUGCAAUAUGAGAGGGAAAGCAAGAAAGUUCUUCUUUCUGUUGAUGGAAAUUCCCCCAUGUGUAGAAAGGGAUAUCCAAGCAUUAAAAGUGAAAAUUUAGUGUUUUCUGUAAGAACCUGCAGCCAAACCUGUCAACUUGGUCCUUGUACCCCCUUCUGUUCACAUCCAUAAUGUUUUAGGUAUCCCUCUUGUGAACAUACAUCCUCCGAUCCUGGCAUCAUCUUGUAAAUCCAUUCCUAUUUCAUUCAUUGUCUCUUCAAUUUCCUUUUUGCAUGUGCACGUUUCUAUAUAUGCAUGAACUAUGUAUAUAUGUACAGGUGCCUAUUACUUUUCAGCUGCCUUUCUGCUGCUGCAUCUCUCCUCUUACAUCAUAUCUUUAACUCCUCUUGAGGCUGGCAUUUAAGGCAGGACAUCUCUAUCCCUUUGAAAGGUUGAGAGACACUUGUCUAAAGUCUGGGGUAGAUGGAUUAUAAGUCAAAAAUGUAAAAAGAUGACAGGCAUUGCUUUAUAGCUAAUAAAAGUGUAUUUCCCCUCCAACCGUGAGCUCUUCUGAGUUUGGCUUUUGCUAUCUUUUGCAAGUACUUAACAUGCAGCUCUGUGUAAACUGUAAGGGUGUGGACUGAGGGGUCAUAUGAGUAGGUGUCCUGGCCUCUGGAUCUUCAACAACAACCCCACAGUCCCCACCAAGCCAUGGUGAGCUCAUACAGUUCCUUCACUGCUGGCAAAUACAUAGAUAUUUCUGGAUUUCCAUUUGUUUCGUGGGACUGGCAACACUUCCAUACAGUUCUUAUGUCUAUUGAAAUAAGUAGAAGUAUGAAUUGCCACACUGCCUCUUGGGAGGACUCACCUAGGAAAUCUAGGUAGUAACCCCCCUCUUCUGCAUUCCCCACAGUCCUGUUGACAGUUCCAGAAAAAGUUCACAGUGAGCACAAAUGGUGCAUUACUUGCAUGGUCAAUCUUAAUUUACAUUUCUUUGACAUUAUGUGUGUAACAAAACCAACAAUAAAAGGAACAUAGGCCAAUAUGGUGGAUAACAAGUAUAUUUAUUAGAGAAUCUGUUGUUAUACAAAACCUUUGAAUAUAUAACAUUCUCACAUAUACAACCCACAAUAGUCAGCAGCAAAGUAACUUACAGGUUCCCCAGGUUCAGAAACUUGUUUCAUGGCCUCCAUCAGAUUUGUUGAUAUAAUCAUUGACAUCCAUCUUAUUUGUUGACAAGUUAAUAAGCGAGUUGUUUGUGCAAUGCUCUUUACUGAAGAAUGAAAAUAUAGAAACAGCUGCAUUUAUUUUUAUUUACCUCAUAAAUCCUGAAAAGGGAGAAAAAACCAUCAUGGCCACACCUUAAUUACCACUAUCUAAGUUAUGAUUCCAGCCUCUUUUGAAAUGUUUAUUGACCAUUAUGGCCUGUGCAUGUGAAUCAAUAGUAUUACAUACAAUCCUUGUAGAUAAUGGUAGAUUCACCAGUACACAUUACUGCUAUCCACUGUAUUGGCUUAUAGUCCAUUUGUUGUUCACCUUGUUGAUAAGUUGCCUUAAGGACCUGUUUCUUUUCUUUUCGUUAUCCUGUGAUCUUAUUCAUAGUUUCUUGGAAUCAGGAAUAGUCAUCAUCGGGGCACUCUAAACAUAACUAAAAAAAUAAAUACCCUCCAAGUGUGCCUCUUUUUCUCCUCUGGUUUCAAUUUCUGUACAGAUGUACUUGGAAAUACCCAGAAGUGUUCAAUAUCAGGCUAGCUACCUACCCACAUCUCUUGUAAAUCUUACUUCUACAGAUGAGUAAUCUAAGUGACUCUUUCGAGUAUUUUCCCAUAUCUGACUCAGUGAUUUCUCAGUGCCAAAGUCAAAAUAAUCUUGGAGGUUUCACCUGGGUUUAUUGGUUUAUUGGACACUAAGCAAGGAGUUGCACUAUUGUGUAUUAUAUGUAAAACAGUGGCUACCUGACUGUAGAGGUGCUUUGUUUUUGCAGGAAAAAAAGCUUUCAAGUGGCUUGACAUAAGGCCUUUCAAAGAAUGAUAAUAUAUUACAGAACUCUCAUUAGCCAAAUCUCAGGUUUCCUAGGAUUCAUUGUCUCAUGUCAGAUAUAGCGUAUGUAAAAAAAAAUGCAAAUACAUAUGGUAUAGAUGUGGUGCACUGAGCAUAUCUGGCAUACUUUUUCUGUGAGAGUAACUUCUCGGUCUCACACUGAACUGCCCAUCCAGUUGCCUUGAAUAAGCUACCAUAUGAAAUGCUAUACAACAUGGAAUGCAUACAGCUAUGAGGGCUGGAAGUAGCCUUCACAUAUGCAGGAAAAAGUGGUUAGGAUGAGGGCUUGCUCUUUCACAUUCAUCCUCACUUUGGAUUUAUAUAAUUCAUUAAAAGAGGCUCUAGCCAUAUUGCAUUUUACAACAACUAGGGUUUCUAGGAACUAUGACGAAGAUCACUGUAGAUCUCCAAUUUUGUGAACAAUCAAUCUGUGGGAUAUAUAUGGUAGGCAUCUUGUCAUAGGUGCCUGUGAUUCAGCGGUAGAGCAUAUGUUCUUAAAUUAUGUUGUCCAGUGCUCAAAGCGUUGGGCCAUGAUCUGAUUCAAGGUUCAGUUCAGUCAGUGUGUGGUCAUUGUCUCGGGCUCAAACUAAACAUUACAUUGUGCCUUUUAAUGUUUGGUGUGGGUUUCCCUGACUCAGCUCCCAUUCCCCACAGUCACAAAGGGACUGGGAAGAACUGCCUUCUGAAGAGCCACACGGGCUGAAUUCUGUCUGACACUGUGGCAUGGGAGGAGGAAGGGCUCCUGCCUGGCCCACCUCUGGCCAUUUUCCUGAGUCAAAAGAGCUCUGGGGAGGGGAGUUACUUGCCCCAUUUUGCAGCAGCACAUGCACUGAACAUCUGGUUUGCGCUCAGCCUCAGAUGUGCAUCUUUAAAACUGGAAAUAAUUGUGGCGACGUCACAGAAUUAUUAUAAAUUAAUUAAUCAAGUGGAUUAUGGGGGGGGGAUGUGGUGAACAGAUAUAAGUUUAUUUAGGGGCUGUUUCUGGCACCAGUACUUUCUCGCAGGGCUGGAUGUACUUGAGACAUCUUCACUAUUGGGAGUUUCUCUCUUUAUUCUCUUCUCUGUAUAUUUAACAUCUGAUAAAUUUUUCUUGCAUUUCUUGUGCUGUAGGCGAGAGAAUGAACAUACGAUCAUAUUAAUUGCAGCUAUAAGAUGUUAUAGUCAGGGAAGUAUGAGCUUGUGGAGGAGCAAUACAAAUUUUAAAAAUACAUAGAUAACAAUAAAACAGUCUUAAAUCAAAUGUCCUUGAGCAUACCACUGCCUCCUUUUAAAGUGUUUUGUUGUCGGUUUGAAAUGCCGGGAAAGGACACAAUAUCAAGUAAGUUCCUUUUCCUCCACCUGCUAUCACGUCGUUUCUCAUGUGUUAUCUUGAGAGAUGAUUCUUGCAACUAGCCUUCAUCCUUCAUGCCAUUAGUCAUGGCCAAAUUUUGUGUCUUCUCCCUCAGGUUGGUUUUAAAAGUGCCAAUAACAAUGCCUAAUUUAUCAAAACCAGGCUGUUCCCAAUACCCACAGCAUAUAUAAACCUUACCCCCUGGGAUGUCAUUGUUCAUUCCCCCUAGGUUAGUGAGCUAUGCUAGGGGCGGGGACAUAAAAGCAACAUGUGGAAUUGACAGAUCAGAUAGAUUUAACUGUUUCAUUGCAAACUCUAUCUACAGUUUACUCUUUGACCCUUGUAAUUUAUAGCUAUUUUGUGUGGAUAAAUUGAAGCUAAUUCUGUUCUAUAAAACAUUGAGAUAGAACAAAUGGCUAUCACAUGUGUGCAACAAUGCUUUUGGACCAAUUAUGUUCCAAAAUCAGAUUCUAGGUCACUUCUCUUCUUUUAAUUCCUGCAUUUCAGUUUUCCAUAAAGCACGAACAGGGUCUUUAUAAAGUUAAAGAAUCCCCUGUGCCAGUACCAGGUCAUUACUGACCCAUGGGGUGACAUCACAUCACGAUGUUUACUAGUCAGACUGUUUACAGGGUGGUUUGCAACUGCCUUCCACAGUCAUCUAUACUUUAUCCCCAGCAAGCUGGGUAUUCAUUUUAUUGAUCUCAGUAGAAUUGUACUAGAAUGUUUUCCGUGGCACAAAGUAUGUGUGGGAAAGUACAAUUUUUGCUUUUGGGUCAAACAAAAAAAUUAGAGAGUGGCCAAAAUAAGUUUGACAAAGUAAAUCCAGUGUAAUAGAUUUUUUAAAAUUGCUAAUAUUUGUUGGUACUCGGUAUACCUGUUGUUUUUCACAACUUUGUUGAGGCCCAGAGAUGUUCAGGCUCAUGGGUUCCUGACAUAUGGGAGCCUACUGGAAGGACACAUCCCAGUCCUAAGCACCAUGAUGAUAUUCAAACUGAUUCACUGGAACUUGACUGCAUGGUGAUAUGUCAUGUGUUUGCCCAGUGUGAGUGUGCUGUGUGUUCAGUGAUACGACACAGGAGAUGGAAUUGGUAGAGUACUACCACACACAUUAUCAUGUCAUAAUGUUUAUAUCAGCAUGCAGAGGUGCCUGCUGGCAGACACUACCAUGCCAAGAAGCAUCCUGAGAUCACAACACAAUAGUCAGCAACACUCACAACCUCCGAUUCCCAAGCUGCCACAAUUAUAGACAACGGUCAUUUUAAGCAAGAAACUUUUAUCCUAGUUCUGACUAUUAUUAAGUAAUAUUCAUGAGUUGCUUAUUGGUGAUGAGGAGCUCUUCAGCAUCCCUGUCUUUAAAGUUCUCCAUGGGCUAAAGGACAUCUUGUGGGUGGGUCCCAUGAUCCCAUCGGGGAGGCAGUUGGAUCAUGGGAACCACCCACAAAAUCUCUGUAUGCCCAGAGGAGAAGGACCUUUCACAGAUAUGUCCCAAUGGUCAUUCUGGGCAUGAUUAGAGGGGAUGUCUUUUACAGUCCUUUCAGUUAGUUUUACCCAAUGUUGGUACUUCAGCAAUGUUAACCACCUGCCAGGCCCAGUGGGGAAAACACAGGUGGUGUUCUGUUUAUACCAUAAUGUGCUCCCUUUUUAUUUUGGGGUGGAAUAUACUUAAAUGGAAUCAUUAUUGGAGAAUGCUUAAUUUUGUUUAUGAAACCUAGAGUUCUUGCCUGUACAAGGAAUAUUACCAAAUAUUUGUUACUAUUCUGUAAGGUUUGCAUACAGAAAAGUUCUUUCCUUCCCUUUCUCUCAACAGCAAUCAAAAGGCUCUCUGUAUAUGAAAGCCCCAAUGCUUGUAAACUUUAUAUUUAUUUAUCCUUAUGCUUCAGCACAUUGGAGUCAGGCAUUAACCAGUGGACUCUUGCUCUUGAUUGUUCCAAGUGAGUCUAUCUCUUCUUCCUUUUGGGAGAGAGAAGUGACCGGUCUUCACCUUAUGCCUUUUGUCCAGAAGUCCCCACUCAUGGAUUCUAGAAAGUCUUGUGUAUGGAGCCACUGGAGAGUCAGCAAAGAGUUCAGGCAUUUGCUGUCUCUUGCAAAGUCAUUCAUUACUCUUUUCAGGAAUGCUGUUUGUUGGAUCACUGCUCUGAUUUGCUCCAGCAUGAAGGUUGUAGAGAACUCUGAGCACACUGCUUGUGCCACUCUCAUGUGACUUUUUUACUGAUGUAUGAAAGAUCUGAACUAAUAUUGCUGUAAAAAAGAUACAAAUUAUUAUAGCAUAUUAUAUAAAUAUAUAUGUAUAUAACA